GCAAGAAUGGCAGAACACAGGUUCAGGUUGAUCACGCUUGUCUUAACUGUUGCCAUCAUUAUCGUUUCUUAUUCACCGCAACGCUUAGCGUUGAAGCAUGCACCGCGAUUCCUAGGAAAAUUAGCAGCUUCGACCAGGCACUCGCAGGUGCAGCCAUUGCAAUUCCACUACGAAACCAGAUACUUCGAACAGCGCCUCGACCACUUCAGCUUUUCGGAGCUUCCCACGUUCCGGCAGAGGUACCUUCUGAACACCGAACACUGGCUGGGUCCUCAGCGCGUGGGUCCCAUUUUCUUCUACUGCGGCAAUGAAGGAGAUAUCAUAUGGUUCGCUCAAAACACCGGCUUCGUAUGGGAAAUCGCGCCUCAAUUCGGGGCCAUGGUCGUUUUUCCUGAACAUCGAUACUAUGGCGAAUCUAUGCCUUAUGGAAGUAGAGAGGAGGCGUAUAAGAAUGCUACUACAUUAUCGUAUCUUACGGCUGAGCAAGCGCUUGCUGAUUUUGCUGUUCUGCUCACCGAUCUCAAGCAAAAUUUUUCUGCCAACGAUUGCCCAGUUGUCUUGUUUGGAGGAUCAUACGGUGGAAUGUUAGCAGCAUGGAUGAGACUCAAGUAUCCUCAUAUUGCUGUUGGGGCACUUGCUUCUUCAGCUCCAAUUCUUCAAUUUGAAAACAUUGUGCCACCAGAAACUUUCUAUGACAUUGUUUCCAAUGAUUUCAGGCGUGAAAGUUCCUCUUGCUUUAACUAUAUAAAACAGUCAUGGGAUGACAUAGCGUCUAAGGGUCAAACAAAUGAUGGCCUUGUGCAUCUGACCAAAACUUUCAACUUGUGUCAGCAAUUAGAGAGGAGUGUAGAUCUAUGGGACUGGUUGGAGUCUGCAUAUAGUUAUUUGGCAAUGGUGAACUACCCGUAUCCUUCUGAAUUUCUGAUGACUUUGCCUGGAUACCCCAUCAAGGAGGUUUGCAGAAGGAUUGAUGGGGCUCCCGCUGGGACUAGUAUUCUGGAGCGCAUAUAUGAAGGAGUGAAUGUCUACUACAAUUAUACUGGAGAAGUUAAAUGUUUUGAACUGGAUGAUGAUCCUCAUGGCUUGAGUGGUUGGAACUGGCAGGCUUGCACUGAAAUGGUUAUGCCAAUGUCCAGCAGCCAGGAGUCCAGCAUGUUUCCACCAUAUGAGUAUAAUUACUCUUCUUUCCAAGAGGAAUGCUUCAACAGUUUUGGAGUGAAGCCAAGGCCAAAAUGGAUUACUACAGAAUUCGGCGGGCAUAAUAUCCAAGCCACCUUGAAGAAAUUUGGAAGCAAUAUAAUUUUCUCAAAUGGCCUACUGGAUCCUUGGAGUGGUGGCAGUGUUUUGCUGAAUAUAUCUGAUAGUGUUGUUUCUCUUGUCACUGGAGAAGGUGCGCACCACAUAGAUUUACGUGCUUCAACUCAAAAUGAUCCUGAUUGGUUGGUAGAGCAAAGGAAGACUGAGAUCAGGCUAAUAGAAGGUUGGAUCAGUGGCUACUAUCAGAAAAAUAAAGCUAUAUUCGAUAUGUAAUAUAGUUUUUUUUUUUUUUUAAUUACUGUUCUCGCUACUUUCUUCACCGCUGUUCUGUAUAUAGAUCAACAAAACAUGCUUGUUUGGUUUGAGCUGAACCUUUUUUUAUCUGGUUUGGUAUUGUAAUAGUUCACGACAACACACACACAUACACGUUUGUGAGUCUUAAUGCAAUGUUUUUAUUUUACCUACAAAUAUUAUCAUCGACUACUA